UUGUUUCUUUUUUCUCGGCAGAUUUGUACAGUGUAAACCCUUAAACUGUAAAAUGAAAAUUCUCGAGAUCAUCACUGCCGUUGUUUUAUUUACUGGUGUAGAUGCAAAUCGAUCAUGCCCAGGUCUUGGCCAUGCCUUUUCUCGCUUGGAAGAAGGCUGGGCUGUGGCAGGGAACCAAUACCGUUACCUUGUAAGCCGGGAGGGAAUGUCUUGGACCGAUGCCGAUGAGUUAUGUAAAUCCAAGGGAGCAACGUUGGCUACAGUAGGAAUCAGAGAUGAAGUUAUCUUCGAAUAUUUGCACAAGAACUUCUUGCCACAAGGUGAAAGCAUGUGGGUUGGACUCACCGACGUCAGAGAUGAAGGAACGUGGGAGUGGACUGAUGGUGUCACUGCUACAUCAAGCAACACUCCGUGGGGGGAUGGUCAGCCAGAUGAUUAUAAGCCAGGCCAAGAUUGUGCGUGCAUGAGAAAGACCGUGUCAGCGUCAAAUCAUGGAUGGCAGCGUCUAGAUGACUGCGUGUGUUGGUCGACCUAUCGAGCCUUGUGUGAGCUUCCACCAAACCGAUUUAUUUAAAAACAAACGUUUAUAGAAAGCUACUAUCGCCUAAUUUUUUGUAUUUGGAAAACUAUUUUCUCAAUGAAAUGGGCACUCAUAAUUAUAUCAAAAUGAUUGUUUGCUGAUUUUGUAUACAAUGCUUGAUUUAUACUACAACAUUGUUGCAAAUUCGUUAGUUGCAAGUUGCAAAUUUAAUAAAAUAAAAUUUCCGUGCA